GUGAUAGGGGGGCGAGUGCUGGUGAGAUCAGUGAUCCAUGCAGCUCUCUCAUGGGCGUUUCGGUCCGCCGCGUGCUUCGUGGCUCUGUAUCGCACCGCAGCACCUGCAGGGCUAACGUAUGUGGAUUUGUCAAAAUAUCGCCCUAGUCAGUCCUUCUGCUGUUUCGCCUGCUGCCCCAAGGAAGAGGCUGGCGCCUUUUGUUUCGCCGGCCUUUGCCUGUCACGGAUAUCCCGGGCUAGUCGCCGCCCAGGCUGGCCACCGAGAGGCGAGAGGCCUGAGGAGCGCCUCUUUUCCAUGUCGGGCGUCCAUAUCGCUAGCACGACGAAAGCAGCUCCGCAACCAACCAGAUGCCCUGAUAAGAAAUCCCGGGCUCCUACUAGCUGAUCCACAUCUCAACCUUGCCAUAUCGCCUAACCGCCCUCCGGUUCUGGUUCCCGUCGAGUCGAAUUCCUCGCUUGCCCUAUCACUGCCGGCCGUUCGAAAGAAGAAGAAGCGCCCGGGCCAAGAAACGCUUCCAUCGGACUUUGCCAAGGUCUCCCGGGGGUUGGACACCACCUCACUUUUUUCCAAGACUAGACGGGCCCACACACCACGACUGGGCCGUCAUCUCCCGUCGUGGCUCCCACGCAGCGGCGCCUCUGAUCCGCGUCUUGUUUGUUUCGCACAAGAACUGCAGCAAGAAAAAAGAAAAGAAAAAGUCAAUAGGUACAGAGCCCGACCUGUUCAAACCGUCCAGGCGGACUCUGUGUCCGGCUGGUAUAUCCGCGUCGAUCUCCUGCGAGGUGGCCAGCAAGCAGCUUGUUUGUUUGUUUGGUCUUUUAUUCUGUGUGCAACACCACUUGACGAGCCGACCUCGAGUGACCUCUCACCUGCAAUCUCCUUGCUCCCAUUGCUUUUGCUUCCAUUUGCUCUGCUCUCCUCGGCCCUCCUGCCACAUCCAUCGCAGGCCCCGGGUCCUGUCCCCUCCUGUCCCCUCCUGUCCCCUCCUCGACCACGGUCCGGGUUGAAACGGUCGACGUCAUCGAUAGCUCGUGGUGGCAGCGGUGCCGCCUCCACUCGGAGCGCCAAGGGAUCCAGUUGGCAGGUUCUGCCUCUUUGAUUGCCGGCUAGCCCUAGCGCCUGAUCCCGGCCCGCCCUGUGUGCCUGGGUUGGCUGGUCUCGAAUUCGAUUCAGGCCAGCGCACAGUAGCAGCGCAGCAGGAGGCAGCUCGAGGUACAAGUACUAGUACAGAUACCAGCUGUACUGCAUAGACCUAGCAGGCGGUGGGGGCCAGACCUGAUUGAUACCAAUUGAUACCCACCGUGCGCCAGCUGCUCCUGCAGUCUGGUAAAGUCAAGCACACAGCAGCACAGCACAGGUGGAGUGGCCGCAGGCGCCUCUCACUUUGCGACCUGCUGCCCUGCAAGGUUUGUGCCAGCCUACGGCCACGGCGAGAUUUGCUACUGCCUGACAGGUACGUACCAUUCCCUGCUUCCCGUAUCCGUCAAUCCCAGCACUACGAGCUCCAUUGUUCCUGCAAGCAAGGCCCAGCGGGCUCCAUCGGGGCUGCUGCCACUUGCACCUCGUACUGUACUGUCCCCUCUGCUCGCCUUUUCCCGUCGUCAUUUUCCUUCCGUCUGACGCUUUCAAUCUUUUGCUCUUCUUCAGUCUGCUACCCCGCCUGUAUUGUCUUGCUUCCUCCCCGUCUUUCGUCACUGUCUUUUUUGUUGUUUGCUGUCGUCGUUGCUGUCGGCUGCUCUUCUUGUUGCUGCUGCCGCUGUCCUCCCUCGCUGCGAACAGACGCCAAUCAUCCCAUAAGUGGGCUUGUCUUUUGCGCCUCUCGCUUGUUCCUGCUUCCUUUUUUUCUUCUUUUAUUUUUUUCUUAUUUCUUUUUCUUUUCUUUCUUUUCUUUUCCAUCCCCUGUCUGUCAUCGCACACAUCUGCGCCCUGGUGCAACGGCCUUGUAUGGUGUUUGGUUUUUGCGACUGCGCGCCUGGGUUGGUCGGUGUUUGUUGACUUUCUGCGUUCCUGGCCUCGCCCAACAAGCUAGCCGAUGCUCUCCAAACGCUCUCGUUCUCGCAUUUUUGCGCCCACAGACGCCAAUUCUCGCCAAUUGGCCGGGCACGACCUCGAGUUGACUCCCGCAGCGUUCGAAAAGGCGCACGAGUCCCGGGGGUCCAAGGACAGGGCCAAGCCGGCCAUGGCGCCUCUGUUCAACGCCCUCAAGAGCCUGCGCCGCGCCUCCAGGCAGAGCUUCCGCGCCCCAGAGUCGUCCGAGUCUUCGAGUGACGCCGACGCCGCUAGCAACGGCACGGCUCCCACCAGCGGCUCCAUCACCCCGCCCUCCAUCUCGGCCCAGUCCGACCCGGCCAUCAACCUCAAGUUCGUCAGCGGUGACGUCGAUGGCCCUUACCCCGUCGCCGCCCGCCCGCCCCUGAGCGGCCACGGCUCCGGCACCAACCUGAACCGCUAUAGUAUGUUCGGUCCGGGUGGCAUGUCGCCGCCAGCGCCGCGCCCGCCACGGGGCAAGUAUGCUCCUCGGCUCACAAACCUCGAGGACAGGGUGUUUGUCCACCAAAAAAUCUUGGCAUUACGGGGUGAGGUGGGCGAACCAGGAAAGCUGGUCGACGGCACGGUGACCAUCCACUACCAGAACAACCAGAUGCCCUCAAUUGACUUCCCCGUCUGCGCCUCCAGCUUCAAGGCGCUGGUUCCUCUGAUCCCCGGCACCAACCGGCUUCGAAUAGACUAUGCCGGCCCCAAGCACACCCGGCCCGAGCAACAAAACUCCUCCUGGAUCACUGUUAACUACGUGCCGACGACCAACUCCCCACCCCUUCAGCUUGCCAUCCUGGUUGCCAAGGACUCCCCGAGGACCUUCGACUCGAUUCCCAGCCGGAUCGACCGCGAGGGCAACGGGCUCGACACCGCCAUCCGCAAGUUCAGGAUGGCUGCCUACCUGUGGCAGGCCUUUACCGGCGAGCAGAUGGCCCGCCACGCCCGGGAGGAGAAGAUGCGGAUCGACUCGCCGCGUACUGCCGGUGGCGUCAUAGAACACAGGUCGUUUCGGUUCGAGGAGGAGUGGACGUUUGGGACGUCCAACGCCCGGGACCGAGAAAACGGCACGAUGCGCUCCGAGGCCCGUGUCCACAUCAUCGAGAUGGACAAGACGGUCGCCGAGAUCCGGGACGCCGACAUUGCCCAGCAGAACGACAAAGCGAGCAGUAGGGACGGGCUUUUCGGGAUUGCCAUGGACGCGGUCAAUCACUACUUCAAGGCGCAAGAGGGCCAGAAGACGUACGUGGCCGCGCUGAUCCUGGACUCGCACUGGGACACCACGGCCCAGCUGAUCACGGGCCACGCUGCGCUGGGAGGCGGCGAUGGGCAGACAAAUGUGGCACUGUUCGGAUCGCACAGCCUGUGGAGCUACCCGACAUGUCUGGAGGAGGUUGAGGCGUGCUUUACCGACUGCAACCCGACCGACUUGAAGCUCGUGGCCAACGACUGCCGCGAGGCCGGGAGCAGCUGGGAGGCGUGCAACAUCGGCAUCGGCGCACAUCUGCAUGAGGUCGGCCACCUAUUUGGCCUGCCGCACCGUCCAUCCGGCGUAAUGGCCAGGGACUACGUGCGGCUCCACCGGAGUUUCGUCAGCCGCGAGGCCUUUUGCACCAGGACCAAGGAGAAGGGCGGUCCCGUAGCAGACAAGGAGGAGUGUCAGUGGACGUGGCUUGACUACCUGGCCCUGCGUGUGCACCCUUGCUUCCAGGUCUCGAUCGACAAUAUGGCAACGGACCCGAGCGUCGUAGCCUGGCCCACGGACCCGGACUCCAUCAUGAUCACUUCACAGGCCGGCAUUUCGCAUGUCGAGCUGUACCUCAACGGCGAGGAGGAUUGCUGUGAGACGAUCACGUACGACCGCGACGUGCGCUCAACCAUGCUGCGCGAAAAGGAGCUCCGCUACAGGCUGCCGUCUGGCAAGCGCAGCGUGCCCUUUAGGCUCGUGGCGAGGUCCUACGGCGGCGGCGUCUUUGAGACGGCCGACUUUGGCAAGCUGGCGUCUGUUGACUCGAGCUUCAAGGUCGACGGGCGGACCAUCUGGCGGAGCACCAAGCUGGGGCUCUCGAAUCUCGAUGACUCGGCCGAUGAGCAGGUCGUCUUUACGACAGCGCGCAAGCAGACCGACGAGAACAAGGGCAGGAUCCUGCGCCGCUUCGUCGUCUACCACGGCCAGUACCUGAACGGAAUCGAGUUUGUCUAUGACGACGAGUCGCGGCAGCUCUUUGGAAACAAGGGCGGCAAGCCCGGCGGCGACUCUUUUGACCUGAACAUUCUCCGUGGCGAGCAGCUGGCAGGCUUCAAGGUGAAGUCGGGCCACUGGAUCAACGCCAUCCAGAUCCUGACGGACCAAAACAGGAGAUCCCCCUGGUUCGGCGUGCCCUCCAACACGGGGGUUAGCUUAUCACACCUGGUGCCUCCAAAGGGGUUCCAAAUCUGCGGUGUUUCCGGCAGCUGCGGCCCUGACACAUGGGUGGACGGCUUCUCUAUCCUCUACCGCCGUGGGUGAUUUGGAUGCAAUCACCCUCUCGACUUGACACAAAGUAACCAUGUCUCCAACUACAGCGCACAACAUAAAACUUUGGACACCAUACACGCGCGCAGCAGAUGGACGGACCUUGAAUCGGAGCUGCUGCGCCAUAUACCAGGCAUCGGCCUUGGGCUUGCGAGCCCCUUAUUGUGCCACCGAUACUUCUCCUUGUCUUCCCAGGGUCAUAUGGGUCGACACUUCCACACCUCGUUUUCUUUGGACGUUCCUUGUUACUUAUUCUUUUGUUACCGGGGCCUCACCGUACAUAUUAGGGUUGGCUUGAUACCCAUUCUUGGCCAUUGCAUCUUUUUUCUUUGUUCUCCCACAUAAACCUCCACGCACCGACGUGGGUCGCUCACCGGCGCAACGAUCACCACCUUAAUCAACACACCCUCACACAAGCUGCGGGUGUCGGCGGCCGCCUUCACCACUGACGCAGUGCUGAUGGAAUCUGUUCAUAUCGCCAUCGCCUUUUCUGGCAGGACUAAUAACUUGGGUUGAGCUGGGCUAGCUGUCGAAGCAGGAUAUUGCACUGGCGCUUCUUGUGUUUUUGAACCCGUCAGUUGGAACAAGCGCAGACGGUUUGAUGGAUAGGGCGCUGCGGUGUCAGAGUUAUUGGUAUCUUUUUUUUCUUCUUCGUUUCUGUUUCCUGUUCCUCCCAUGCUUUACUGGGUUGGGGAAAAUACGGCAUCGAUUUGGCACACGCAAGCAAAGCAUUGGGUUUCGGGUUUCUGGUGUUAGUUUUUCUUCCAUUACUACUAGUGUCGGUCUCGUGUCGAAGAACACACCCUGCAGCAUACGACAAGCAUAUGAUUUCUCUUUAAUUGCCUCGCUCGUCUCUAAUGUCUCAAGUCUCGUUGCAGUGUUCGUAAGGUAGUUGAUUCCAGUUGCC